GUAUUCUAAUUAUUAUUAUAAGUGUCUCUAAAGUUUCUUUUGAAGCAUUUCAUUGAAGAUAAAUUAUGGGUCAUUUGUGGACUUUGGUCACUAAUCUCCAUACUCUUGCUGGGCCAGUGAUGAUGUUGAUCUAUCCUCUAUAUGCAUCAAUAGUAGCAAUAGAGAGCACAUCCAAAUUGGAUGAUGAACAAUGGCUUGCUUAUUGGAUUCUAUAUUCUCUUCUUACACUUGUGGAAAUGCUAUUUCAACCCAUUCUUAACUGGAUACCAAUAUGGUAUGAUGUGAAGUUGAUUGUUGUGGCAUGGCUAGUUUUGCCCCAAUUUAGAGGAGCUACUUUUAUAUAUGAGACUUAUGUUAGAGAAAAAAUAAUCAAGAAUUAUGGAGAGCAAGGCAAGGCCAAAAAGAAAUCUGUUCACUUUAUGACUCCAAAGAAGGAGGAGGAUGAAGCUUACUGAAGGAAAUUACAAGAAAUGCUACAUUACUGACCAUUACUCAGUGCACAACUCUAACAGCUUUGAUCGAAGCAGAUUCGGGAUUUAAAAUUUAUGAAU